UAUGUGUGUUUGAAUAUUAAUUACUCUAAAGACUAAAGUUUCUCAGCAAAUUGGUUACUGAUACCUUUGCUCGUAGUCCAUCUUUCCGGAAGAGGUAGGACCUACGAAAGAUGGCUAAAUCUCUGUCGUCCUUGCUGUCCAAAGGCCCAGUUGUGGCAAAAGGUGUUGUUGACUUUGCUACUCCAAGAUUUAACCUGUUUUUGAAAUAUGCUAGAGUUGAAUUGGUACCGCCAACUCCUGCAGAUAUUCCACAAAUACGGUCUGGAAUACAGAAACUGCUCACAGGGUUUCGAACUGGGAAGUGGAAGGAAGCCUCUGUAAAAGAAGCAUGGCUAAACUCUCUAGUAACAGCAGAAGUUGUUUUAUGGUUCUUCAUUGGUGAAUGCAUUGGGAAGAGAAGCAUUGUUGGUUAUCAUGUAUGAUAUCUUUUCUGUGGAAAAUUAUUGUACUAAAUUCUGGAAUGCUCUUAUAGCAAUAUCUGUUGAAGUGUACAUGUUAUUUGUAGCAUACAAAUUAAAAUAUAAAUUAUAGUAUUUGAACCUUA